CUAGCUUCCGUUAGCUUGUUAGCCGGGAUGACACCCACAGGAAUGUCGAGCAGCUGAAAGGAGUUAGUUAGACAAUUAAAUGUGGACACGCGUUAACACCUCCGCUAAAGAAACAAGUAGAGAACCAAGCAAAUACGAGCAGCGGAUGGCCUCGGCAGUACGUGUGGUGGGACCUACAUAAAGAGAGGAACACCCUUCCGAACCUCUGAAUGAGUAAUGAAUUUGAACCCCUUCUGGAGCAUGUCUGCCAACACAAGUCGCAAGCAGAGACCCGACAAUGAGGAACAAAGCGGUCACGGGGAGCAGAGAGCCAGCCCAGCCCGGCUGUCCUUGGGCAAAAAGCAGCUUCCACCCAUUCCAAAGAAUGCCACCCCCAUUACCAAGCCUGCUUCAUCGGGCACUCCAGCACAGUCAGCCAAUGGAACACAUGCCUCCUACGGCCCCUUUUAUCUGGAGUACUCUCUCCUGGCUGAGUUCACACUCGUGAUCAAGCAGAAACUCCCUGGAAUUUAUGUUCAACCAUCCUACAAGUCCGCUCUAAUGUGGUUUGGGGUCAUAUUCAUCAGACAUGGCUUGUACCAGGAUGGAGUCUUCAAAUUCACUGUGUAUAUUCCAGAUAACUAUCCAGAUGGAGAGUGUCCCAAAUUAGUAUUUGACAUCCCAGUCUUCCACCCUCUUGUGGACCCCGUGUCUGGAGAGCUUGAUGUCAGAAGAGCUUUCACCAAAUGGAGACGAAAUCACAACCACAUCUGGCAAGUCCUGAUGUACGCACGUACAAUUUUCUACAAGAUCAAUACCACGGAACCACUCAACCCAGAGGCUGCUGUGCUAUAUGAAAAGGAUGUGCAGUUGUUCAAAAGCAAAGUGGUGGAUAGUGUGAAACUAUGCAACAGUCAUCUUUUUGACCACCCCAAGAUAGAUGAUCCCUACGCAAUAAGUUUUUCUCCAUGGAACCCAGCAGUUCAUGAGGAAGCAAAAGAGCGCAUGUUCACAUGCAAAAGACGGCCUGAGGAUCACCACAAGGGAAUGCAGGUGUCAGGGCUGUCUUGGGUGAAGCCUGGAUCGACGCAGCCAUUCAGCAAAGACGACAGUCCCCCCCAGAGCUGAACCUGCACUGUCGCUUCAGUGGCCACUAGAGGGAAGCACAAGCACCGGAUGCCGUGCCACUGGCUUUCCUCAGCUGUCUUGUGUGAACUGGAUCCUCGGAACCGUUGGGAGAACUUCAUAUAAAAUCUCCAUGUUAUUGCUCAGCUUUAAGCUUUGUAGGCAUCUCCUCAAACAGCUUUAGAAUAAGGAAACAAAGUUUGUAUCAUAUGUAAAUCGACAAAGACAAAUGGAUGUCUCGGCAACAUCAUGUAGGCUGUGAUGCAAUCAAAGAGCUUUUCUCAUUUCGACUUUGGGAUCCAUGCACAGGUUGGGCUUGGUGAUAUCAUGCUGUCCCAAAAGGAGUUGACAAGUAUGAGCAAAGUGAUUUGCCUUCAUACAGUGAGUAAUAGUGGACUAUGAUCUUGUUCCGCUUGUUGAAACUGGCUCAGGACUGUUUUAUUAUGUCAGACUUGGAAUGUUUGUUGUCACAGGUGGUGAGAGAAACUUCCUGAUUACCACCUCUCCCAAUACCCAAUUAGGUUGAUAUGUUUUAUAUUUGUUUCUUAUUGGAUGAUUUCUUUUAAAUUCUACUGUCUGUCUUCUAUUGUCUUACAUAGUUCCUAAUAUAUAUAAGAAGCAGAACAGGCAAAUAUGGUUUCAAAAUGAGAUACUAAAUGAAUAAGUUUGUAUUUUAUUUUGUCUGAUUCAAAUCAUUUUGAAUGUUUUAUGUACCUUUGGCUCUUGGUUAUUAAAGGUUUGAUGUGUAAAUACUGGAUGCUGUGCUAAGGUUUGACUUUAAGAGGCAUGUCUGCAUCAAGGCUUUGGUUUUAUUAUUUUUAUUAGAAUAUAUUUUGGGUAAAUAUUUUCCAAAUGUUAAUUGAGCACCCUUUCAGAUCUGUACUUAAAGUCAAUAUGGUUUCUGCAGGAAACCAACACACUAGGUGUAAAGGAUUCAUAUAUAUUUUGAUAAUAUUGUGUUAUUAGCAGCACAGAUGAAGAUAAAUUCUUCAAGGAUAACCCCCCGGUUUGCCAGACUAAAGUCACUUUGUGUGACAUCUCCUGAAGUGGCUAAUAUUGUUACACUUACUAUACUGGGGGGGCAUUUUAAGAUUAUUGGGAACCCCCUCUUAUAAAAUACUCUAUUAGAAUAGCAGACAUGGAAUGCUGAAACCUGUUGGAUUUAUUUUUAGCUGCUGUGAAAGGAACAUAUGUAACAGAAUCUCAGUGUGCUUCACACGUGGCCACACUGGCUGUAGGAAUCCUCAGACGAGUUCUAAUGUGGUCUGUAUGGGACGGUUCCUCCACCGGUUUGUGAAAGAUAUUGCUGCAUAGAUGACAUUAGAUUGAAAUGCUUUUCUCUGAAGUCAAUAAAAAUGAUCAAAAAAAGUCCA